AUGAAGUUCACCACCACCGCCGUCAUCCUCGCCAUCUCUGCCCUCACGGCUGCCAUGCCACAGGGCCCCAAUGCCAACCGCCCAGUCCCCACGGGCAACUGCUGCAUCGCCAACACGAGCUUGAAGGAGGAUGUUUGCAAUGUCGACGGCCAAAGCGGUCGCUGCGUUCCUGACGGUAGCAAGGGCUGUGACACCCGUCUGACUUGCAUUGCAGACAGUGACCUCACUUGCGAUCCUAAUGUUCUGGAGCGUGGCCGCCCCAAGUGUCGUCGCACUGGCGCUUAG